AUGUCGAAGCGGCACCGCGUCGGGUUCUCCACGCUGCAAACGCACAAGGAUUUCUCAACGCAGCAAGGUAGCGAUCUGGCACUCGUUCAAGCGCUUGAAGCCACAGCGUCCUAUGACGUGGUCCUUGCCGCUUGUGACGCCACCGGUCACAUCGUCUCGGUUGUUGUCAAGAACGGCCACGAUAUUCCUGCGACCGCUCUCUCGAGCCUCAAUGGAGUCCAUGUCGCGUACUGCAUUCGCGGCCCCGUGACGUCGACAACUGCGCUGGUCUUUUGGCCGAAACAGCACCGUCUCCGGCAACUGGGUAUUGCGAAAGCUCUGGCGUACGUCCAAGAGGUUGUUCAUGGAACUGCGAGUGUGACGAUUCUCGGGUAUCCCUCGACCAAGGACGUGGUGACAGCGCUCAUCGAGAUGGUCGUGCACAACUCGGACGUAGGCCGAGUGCGCUGUCGCCAAGCCAGCUACGUGGGGGGCAAUGGCUGGUGCAUUUCCUUCUCGAAAUCGUGGUUUGAGCGAACGAAUGAGCCUGCGCCGCUCGGCGCCAGUAUCCUGCAGCUCCUCCUCGAUGUCGACGACGUCGAACUGGUCUCCGAGUACCUUUCCAAAAGCUGCGAGAACGAGUCGCAUCCGAAACUCUACCUUUUGGGUCCCAAGCUCCAUGCAUGCUUUGUCCGAACGUCAUAUGCCGACGCUGUCCAUCUGCCGUUUGUGCUGCUUGCGAGCUUGGCCGGUGUCUCGGACGACCCGAUCUGCUCCCCAUUGCCAGGCUCGAACGCGCUCAUCCAGGAAGCCUACAUUGCACUUCAUGGGUCCUGCAACGUCGCCACGAUCCUGACGGUACCCGAUGGCGAAGCACACAACGACAACCAAGCGACUGACGCUGCGCUGCAGCUCCUCAAAAGCUGCCUCCUGCUCGAAGCGUCCUUCGGAGAGAACGCUUGCGUGCCACCGCGCAUCCUCUCGCACGUGCCAGGUUUGACAUCAUUUGUCUAUUUCCCGAUCAUGUACGUGCUCCAACCCGCGAUUGCAUACGCCGUGCAGCACAACCCACACGUAAAGCUUGGGGCGUUCAGCGUCAGUGCAGUCGCGGCGCGCAUGGAGGGCAGUUUUGAUCAAGAUAUGUCUCCGCUGGCAAUGGCUGGUUCAUUUUUGCUGCGGUUGCUGGACGACAAAUGUGGCUGGACGCUGCAAAGAGCCAUCAACGACAUGCUUGAGGAUACGGACGGUGACUGUGACUCGGAGGCCAUUAUCUGUGGCAUUUGCGCGCUUUCCAAGUUCAUUGAGAUCCCGAUCGAAGUAGUGACGGAUCUUGCGCGCCACGUUGCCCGCGCCACGAUCUGUCUCACUCUUUUGCCACUUACGCAUUCUGAACGAACGCGCCAAACCCAGCGAUUUGUCAUCGCCGACGCCUUGAACUUCUUCCAUCGUGCCGCGCCACACCAUAUUGGCAUGCUGCUUGCAAAACUCGAGAGUCAGCUCGGCGGUGACGACGACGACCCUUUCUACUCGGUCGCCGACGUCGCAACGGUGUUUUUACAGCUUCUUGAGACCUUUCAAGAACGCUGGCCAGGCCUCGACAUUGGAGUCUGCAUUUGCAUCGCCCAAGCGCUCCACGCAGCACUUCAAGGCACAAAGGAGCCGGAUCCAGAGAUCCUCGCUGCAUUGAGUCGCCUCACGGCCGACCAUGAGGUGCCAACCAAACGUCAGCGUACGGCGUGAAGUACUCGAGCUACAGUACACUGUUGUUGGACUCGACAACAUUAUGUUCCACCAAAUAUACAUUGUCUUUUCA